ACACGAUGAUGGGGAGUUACUCCACGUUCCUCUAGUCACUCUUCGGAGAAUGUUUGGGGACAUUAUUGCGUAAAAAGCUUGUCGGGAUCACCUUCCUACGAGGACGCGAUGCGUUAAGAGACAAAUCCGGUUUAAAGGGAAACCAAACGAGGCCAAGCGGGUUUUUACGCGCAGCGCGCACGCGUGGAUCACAUUCUCAGCAGGACUUUAUUCCCUCCCUGCUUGGUUUUUAGUUUCUCCUCGACACUUUUCUGAGCUCUGGUAAUGAAAUGAAAUAAUAAAAGUCCUGCUUCCGGUGUGAACCUCGGCUCUAAUCCCUGAUUACGCAGAUGGAUUGCGUCCUGUGCGCGCCAGGGCUGCGCCGCUUGACUUUCACCGCUGUGCCGUCGUUUUACGCGCUGAACUGAGGCAGUUUUAGGGCAGAAUAGUGUCCUACAGGGCCAGGGUUAGGUUGUGUUGUUAGAGGACCAAACAGGGUUUCCACCAGUCGCGUCAUCGGUGCCAGAACAUGAGGAGAACUGUCCUGAAAGAAGCGGAAAUGAGGCCAAGCGGGUUUUUACGCGCAGCGCGCACGCGUGGAUCACAUUCUCAGCAGGACUUUAUUCCCUCCCUGCUCGGCUUUUAGUUUCUCCUCGUCACUUUUCUGAGGUCUGGUAAUGAAAUGAAAUAAUAAAAUUGCUGCUUCCGGUGUGAACCUCUACUCUAAUCCCUGAUUACGCAGAUGGAUUGCGUCCUGUGCGCCAGGGCCGCGCCGCUUGACUUUCACCGCUGUGCCGUCGUUUUACGCGCUGAACUGAGACAGUUUUAGGGCAGAAUAGUGUCCUACAGGGCCAGGGUUUAGGUUGUUUCGUUAGAACCAAACAGGGUUUCCAUCCGUCUCGUCUUCUGUGCCAGAAAAUGAGGAGAACUGUCCUGAAAGAAGCGGCCAAGCGCUUCCCCUGGCUGGCCAAUGUCACCCUGUACGGCUGCCUGUUCGCCGGCGGCGACCUGGUCCACCAGCUCAUGGCCCAGAGGGAGAGCAUGGACUGGAAACACACUCGCAACGUGGCCAUCGUGGCCAUCAGUUUCCAUGGAAACUUCAAUUACUUCUGGCUGCGCGCCCUGGAGAGACGGUUCCCAGGGAAAUCCGCCGGGAUGGUUUUCCGCAAACUUUUACUGGACCAGAGCUUCGCGUCUCCGCUGGGCACCAGCGUCUUCUACACAGGGGUGAGUUUCCUGGAGGGGAAGGAGGACAUCUUCGAGGACUGGAAGGAGAAGUUCUUCAACACCUGGCGGACCGGACUCAUGUACUGGCCCUUCAUGCAGCUCCUCAACUUUGUCCUGAUGCCGCUGCACAGGCGGACGGCCUUCAUGGGCUGCUGCGCCUUCCUCUGGGCCACCUUCCUGUGCUUCUCACGGCAGAGCGGCGACGGCACGGCCACCGUGGCCCUGGCCUUCGUCAUGGACCCCCGGAAAACCCUGGAGGAGAUGCGAGAGGCCCGGCUGGCCCGGAAGAGGCAGCGCAUCCAGAGGGAAAACUGAAGAGUGGGAAGAAGAGGAGGGUUCUGGGACGUGGUGGUUGAAGGAACAACUGAACCAAACCAGCACCUGCAUGCUGAGAGACGGAGAGUCCGUCACAAACGCACACCAUCUUUUCUUUUCUAGUAGGAGGACAGUUACGGCCACAGGAGCGUGUAAGCGUGGUUUCACAUGCACUCGGGGGUCAAAACGGGCCAAAACUGCUCAGAACUAUGUUCCCGGUGCAAGACUUUAAGGUGGAACGCAGCUCCGUUAAAAGACCACCUGUCCAGAACCGGUCCGGUAGUUCAGCACUUUAAACACGCGGCGUCUCAGGAUCGGCUGCCUCCAACAACGACCUCACGCUCGACGACUUUACGAGAGAUUUCAGGGUCGUAAAGGAAUUUCCCGAGUCAGGAGAUAAAAAAAAAACAGAGUUGUGGCUCCAUGAGGUUCCUGAUCUGUAGGGCGAGAGACGGGUUUUUAAAGUGGUCCAGUGUUGGUCGGCACCAGUCCUCCUAGUUCUACUCUGUUCAUGUUGUUGUGGUUCACUGAAGGCGGUCAGAGCCGCUGGGAGAGAAGCAGCCCACGUCUGCACCUACGAAUGUGAAGUUGUGCUUUUCAGCAUCGUUAAUAUUAUAGUCAGGGGGCAAACCCUAAGAUUGAUAACUGUGCUCACGCUUCUGGGUAAAGUUUGACAACCUUAUUUUUUUGUUAGAAGGAACCCUAGGAGGAAUAAUAAGGCUGUUGUCAUCUUGGAUUGUUUUGGAGGCGCUGUAACAUUCAAAUACUCCAUUCAUGCAUAUGGUCACAAUAAUGGUCAAAAUGUACAGUUUAUAUGCAAAAUCUUCAAUGUUCAAGAUUUUAUAUUUAGGGAAAUGGAUAAAACAUCAAUUGAAAAACAUUUUUUUAAAUUGUAUUGCUAUAUUUUGUCGAAUAUUGGUUAAAAAAUAUGACUUUUUUAUAGGCGUUUUUACACACAUAACCAUCUUUUUUUUUUGCAGGGAAACACAUUUUCUAUGAAAUGUCAAAAACGUCUAUAAAAAAGUGAUAUUUUGUAUCCAAUAUUGGCUAAAAUAUUACAAAAUGAUUCAUAAAGGCUUUUUUAGUAUUGUUUUAUCUAUUUCCUUAGAUAUACAAUGUUUUAAUCUUGACAAUUAUGCAUAUAAAUUGUACAGGUUGACCAAAACUGACCAUAUGCCUGAAUGGAGAACUUGAAUAUUCUAGCGCCUCUAGUGGUCACCAGCUAAGAAAUUCAAGAUGACAACACCCCUAAAAUUCCUUCUAUAGAUUUGUUCUAACAAAAAAAAUAGGUUGUCAAACUUUACCCAGACAUGUGAGCAAAAGUCUUAACGGAGGCUUUUCUAAAGUUGCCCCUUGACUAUUAGGUUUGUGGGCCAGAUCCAACCGGAAGCAGCUGCACUUCUCAGCCUUGAACACCAGGGGGCGUGGUCUACGGUGGCCGGGACCCGCCAUUGCUGAAAAUAAAAGUAACGCUGCAAACAGAAACAAACGCCGCUGCAAAUUAAAGAAACGCUGCAAAUGAAAAAGCCACAACAGAAGUGAAUUACCGGGGACUAUUUUUGCUGAUGCACCGGUGUUUUUUAUGUGAGAGGAGAAGAAGACGAUGAGGACGUAAGUGAAAAGGAAGAAAUAAGAAGAGCGAGGAAUAAGAAGAAGAGAAAAUAAGUGAAAAGGUUACUGUUCAACAUCGCUACGUGUAAUUUUUUUCGUCUUCUUCUUCUCCUCUCACGUAAAAAACACCGGUGCAUCAGCAAAAAUAGUCCCCGGUAAUUCACUUCCCUUGUGGCUUUUUUAUUUGCGUGUUUUUUUUAUUUUAUUUGCAGUGGGGUUUCUUUAUAUUUUCAGCGUUUCUUUUAUUUGCAGCGGCAUUUCUUUUUGUUUGCAGCGUUUAUUUUAUUUGCUAAGCGUUUAUUUAAUUUGCAGCGGCGUUUGUUUCUGUUUGCAGCGUUACUUUUAUUUUCAGUAAUGGCGGGUCUCGGCCACCGUAGUGGUCCGACUCAGAGCAUGGAGGGAAUGCUGGGAAACUGCACCCAACCACCCCCCCAACAUUACAACAUGCUAUCAUAAUAUCUAAAGGCUUGUUUCUUUUCCUUACUGUCACACGUGUGCAAAAACAUCCGGUUGUGUUAGUUCCAGCAACACAUUAAAUCUCACACACCAAAGAUUUAGCAGUUUAUUUUAUUAUCCCUAAAUCAAGCUGAUGUUUUCUUGUUGUUGUUGUUUUUAAAAUGCCCAGGAAGACAAGUAUCUUCACUGUUUGAGAGAUGUACCACGGCUACUUUUAAACUCUUAAACCAGAAACUGAAACAUAUCAACAAAGCGGACUUUGAGGUUUUAGUUCUUGAAACCCACGAAUGGGAUUACACACUCGCCGUGCCUUUGCUUGGUGAAAGGUCUGCGAGUUUCCAGCGUUUGGCUGAACGGCAAUAGUCAUUUACAGUAAUCAGAUCGUUUUUGAUUGGGUGCAGUUGAAC